AUGGAAGAGAAAAAAGAAGAGAGUUAUUUAACUACAGGUUUUGACUGGUGCUGGAAUGUCCUCCAACAAGUCACCCUUUACCACAUUCUCGUCGUUAUCAUGGUCGGGUUUACCGGAUUCAUCGACGGUCUUCACUCAACUUAUCCAGUCUUUGCCCAGAAAAAGCAAGAUGUUCGCUGCCCGACAGGCUUGGAUGACUACACUGGCUACAACUUUACUUUUUCCGAGCUGCUGAACAUUACGCAAGUCUCAAUCGAACAGGAAUGCGAAGCAUACGAAGUCCCUGUAACAGACUGUUCCGACUCAUCCCUUCUCCUUCCCGACUGCCUCUCCGCUCUUGACAAAAGCGGGUACGACACCCUCAACUGCACUUCCGAAACAGUUAUCUUCGACACUUCUCAAUUCACCGAAACAGUGCCUUCCGAAUUCAAACUUGCCUGUGGAUCGUUUGGAAACUCAAUUGCUACGAGUAUGUCUUUUGUUGGCUUGUUUAUUGGAUCGUUUUUGGCCGGCUAUUGCUCUGAUAAAUGGGGAAGGAAGAUAACGAUUAUUGUGGCUGUUGCGGCUUCUGGUUCAUUUGCGCUUCUUCAGGCAAUCCUUCCCGGAUAUCUCGCAUUCGUCACCAUUCGAAUCUUUGUCCAGUCCGCCAAUCAAGCUGCUUACAUCACCUACAAUGUCUUCGCCGUGGAAUUCGUUGGCCCAGAUGCACGAGGAUAUGUUGGCAUGAUCCCGAAUUUCCUCUUCGCCGCUGGCUAUGUUUUUAUGAGUCUUCUUUCUUACAUAUUCCCGCAUUGGAGACAUCUGACUUAUGCAAUUGCUUUCAUUACACUGCCCUUUGCACUUACCUGGUGGCUCUGGCCGGAAUCGCCAAGAUGGCUCUACAGCUUGAAACGAUACGAUGAAGGACGAAAAGUUCUAGAGCGAUUCGCCAAGGCCUCGAAAAGCGUCGAUUACAACAACGUCGAGCUUCAAAAACUCAAUCCUUCCUCUUCCUCUGGCGACGCCGAAGAAGACUUCUACGCAACUCUCCGUGAAAAAUGCGAGGAAGUAGCUGAUACUGAAAAACCCGAAGAAGAGGCUGAAACGACCAAUCAUACAGUACUGACCUUGUUUACUUCUGGCACGCCAUUGUUGAUGGUGACAUUGAACUUUUGCUUCCAAUUCAUUACCAUUGUCAUGGUCUAUUAUGGACUGAUCUUUUCCGCCGGGGAUCUUCCUGGAGACAUUUAUAUGAAUAAUGUUAUCAAUGGGCUUGUCGAAGUCGCUGCAUAUAUUCCCACCUUCUUCCUCUUAGAGAUCUGGGGUCGCCGGAUUCUCCUCGGUGGACCGCUUAUCCUCGCCGGCGUUUGUAUGCUCGGAGGAAUGGCCCUAAAGCUCUUUAUCGCAGCUGAAUGGACAAUAGAAUUCUUCAGGUGGCUCAUGUUUGGCGCGAAACUCGGAGUUUCCGGAUCUUUUGCUGUCAUUUGGAUCUACGGAGCAGAGUUGUUCCCGACUGAAAUUCGAGGAAAUGCUUUGGGACUUGGAUCGAUGGUUGGCAGAAUUGGCGGCAUUUGUGCGCCGUUUGUGAAUGAAUUCUGGAAAUCUAUCCCAUGGCUACCUCCAGUCAUCUAUGGAGGUUUCUGCGUCGCCUCGGGCGUCUUACUCUUCACUCUUCCUGAAACUAACGGUCGCCCUCUCCUCAACACCAUUGCUGAAGCGAACAAGUUCUACGCGAAUCACAGUAUGCAAAACGCUCUGGAAGAAGAUCAGAGUUUCGGAAGAAUAACGCCGACGGUAGAUGAAUUGGUGGCGAGAACGCUGGAAGAUGGUCGAAAAUCGGCGCAAAGAGAGAUUCAGGAAGCGCUAGAAGAAAUCGAUCGAGCGCGAUUGACUCCUUUUGUGAACGAGCUGGUAGCCGAGACAAUAGAACUGAUCAGAGAAGAGAAGAAAGAAUUGAAAGGUGAAGAGGUUAAACAAGUGGAGAAUCUGGAUCAAAAGAGUCCAGAAGCAACAAGUGCCAAAUCAUCAGACUCUUCAAAAUCACCUUCUCCGGCUUUUGAGAGAGAAAGUAAAUCAAAAGAAGCUUCAAGAGUUGCAUCAAGAAUGGCAAAAGAGACGAUCGAAGAAGAAGUUUCUAAAGAGAUUGUCGAGAAAGCGAUGGAAGAUGGACUCGUCUCGGCUUCAGCCUCAAGAGCUCUUUCUCGUGCUCUCAGACCCGAAGAUUCGCCAGCUUCUUCAAAAUAUUCAAGUCGAUCAAGCACGCCUGAAAAAUCAUCAACAACCACUGAAGAACUCAAGAAUUUGAACGACUUUUCACGAGAUGCCUCUCGAGCUGCAUCGAGAAUCGCCAAAGAUGCUCUUGAAAAUUCCAAAUCAAUGAACAUCAAAGAAGAAAAUUCAGCAGAGCUGCCCUUAGAAUCUUCUAGAACUGCAUCUAUAAUGGCCAAAGGAACCACUGAAACAACCUCUGGUCAAGAUAAAAGCGCUGACUCAAAGAAUGUUUCUAAGGAAGCUUCACGAGUUGCUUCGAGAAUGGCAAGAACCGCGAUUCUGAAUCAACAAGAUUCAAGUUCGAGCGAGUCUGACGAAGAUGCGUCAAAAAAUGCGUCAAGAAUGGCAUCUAGAAUGGCGAAAGAAACUCUUCAGAAAGACCUUGUUAGCAGCAGUUCGUCAGAUUCUGAUGACAACAAAGAAGACCUUAUUGAUGCGUCAAAAGAAGCUUCUAGGAUUGCCUCUAGAAUGGCAAAGGCCGCUGUUGAGAAAGAAGAAGUAUAUUCUACCGAUUUUGUGGACGAUGAAACAAAGAGUGGUUAUAAUGGAGAAUCAUCAGAAGCCUCUAGAAUUGCGUCGAGAAUGGCAAACGACGCUCUGAAAAAUGAAAUGAUGACAUCUGUUGUUGCCGGAGAAGCCCUAGAAGACGGUCUUUUAUCAGCCAAUGCUUCAAGAGCUGUUUCUAGAGCUUUCAAUGUUGACCCUAGUCAAAAUGGAGAUUCGGAUGUUAUUUCAGGAAAUUCUAGCCCAGAACUUCCGACUGGCAGAAUUAAUGAAGCCGAAGUCACAAUAAAUGCACCUGACUCGGAAGCGACUGUAAUAUCUGACAGUAUCAGCGCUCCUAGGUCUCCUAUCGCCGCCGAGCAAACUUUGGGAUCUUCUGAUCCUCGAAUCACUCCAUUGGUUUCUGAUAUUGUCACGUCUUCAAUCAAUAAUGGAAUGGAAUCAGCAGAAGUGAGCAGGAAUGUCAGCCGGCUUGGGAAGCCAAUUUUGAUCGAUGCGCUGAAAUCUGCGGAACAAAGUCGGGUUGCCUCUAGAAUGGCAGAAGAGGAGACAAAACGCGUCACAUUCAAUUUCGAAGCGGCAAAAGAUGAAAAAGAAAGCGGAAAAGAGGAAAACGCCAGUUCCAGUUUUGACCACUUUCAACAAGAAGCUGCGGAUUUAGUCCAACAAGCACUUCUCAAUGGCCUUCAAAGCGCGGAGAAUUCUAGAGCGCAGUCAAGAAUGGUCGAAUCUUCUGACAACCAAAGUUACUACCCUCCAAUAACCCCCGAAGUCAUGAAAAUUGUCCAAGAAGCGCUUGACGAAGGCAUUCUCUCGAGAGCAUCGAACUAUUCCGAAAAAGAUCAACCGCGGAUGACUCCCGUCGUUUUGAAGCUCGUCGAAGAUGCGAUGCGCGGCGGUCUCGAGAGCCCCCUUCCGGAAGCGCCAUUUCCCGAACAAGUCGCUUCAGCAAUUCAACCUUUCCUUUCUGAAGCCGGGAAGGAUGCGAGUUUUCUGUUUCAAAAGCUACAGGAGUUAUCGGCAAUUCUGGCACUUAUCUUGCGGGAUCAUCUGAUGGAACUUCCGUCUUUUACAAGCGACCUUAAUUUGCUGAAAAUUGACGCUAUCAACAGAAUGAUUGACAAUUGCGAGGGGGAAAGUAAUAUGUGUCAAGCGGCUCAAAAUAAACUUACAGUAGUCGAAACACUUUUACAGGCGAUUUCCCUCGUUGCGAAACAACUCGAAGGAGCAAAGAUAAUGAAAAAAGAAGGAGAUGUUUCUGACCAGCUGAUUCAAAACCUGCAAGAAAAGGCACUUGAUGAAGGGCUUCAAUCUGCGGAGGCAUCUGCUAGACAAUCAAGGAUAGAAAAAGAGGAUGAAGAAGAGGAGGAUGAUGGAGAUUCGGGCUCGGAAGUCUCUUAUUCAUCUCAUUCUUCUUCAGGCAGAGGAUUCAAUUAA